AUGUGCCACCUUUGCAGAAAAGCUCAAGCCCUAGAGUCAAAUAACAACAAAGCUCUAAAGCCAGUAGGUCUAGCUCUAGCACGACUUCACCGAGAUUUCGGUCCCGACUUAGAGCACCUUUGGAUCUGGAGGUUUGACGCAACACUAAGGCUUCGAAUAGCCUUAGCAGGUUUACACAAAGUUGUGCCUGUUGCUGCCAUCACGGAAAUGCUGAAUGAAGUUGACGACGAGUUGCUGCAUUGUCAAAAGCAGAUGGCUGACCACCAGGCUGUUGAGGUGCGGGGUACUGCAGGCUCUAGCAGCGAGGUUUCUGACAAUUCGAUCAUGCCUAGUGAGAGUGCGAGCAUGCAAGCAAGAAAGAAGAUGGAACAAGAGACUGCUGUGAAUACAACACAGGAUGGCAGUCUGCGAAGAAAUUUAGAAGAGAAAAGGAAUACCCCACAGUAUAGCCCCUCAGGGAGUGAUCUGGAUCCUCAUCCGGUGCUUAUCAAGAGAUCAUGCCUCAUAGUUGAAGCGUGGCUGGAGGACUGUGAUGCCGUCGCUACUGCCAUUAACUAUGACAAGGAAUCGGACGGCGUUUCUGUGGUUUCUGUCCCAGGACGUUACUAUGAAAGACCUCAGCUUGAUAUCAGGGUCUGGAAAAGAGAUUUUCGAAAUGAGGGGAGCUCCCCCGCUAGCUUCACUCCCCGUGGUAGCCACCAGUCUUCCCAGUAUCACUGCCAGCCAGUAGAACCCAAAGAUUCGCCCCACUACGCUGACCUUUACCUUGAUAGCCUUGUCACCGACAAGAUGACGAGCAACGCGUCCCCGAAGCAGAAGGUUAAGUUCAUCGAGAAGGUGUUCUCAGCUCUGCAACGGAAUAAGUCAAAGAGCACGAAUAAAAUGCAGGGAAAAGAACGAGUCAGAUUCGACGAGAAGAGCCAUCAAAGACGUCGAGUGAAGCGCCAGAACCCGAAAAUCUGGGAGACGGAGGAGAAACACCCCAUGAUUGAUGAAGAUGCACGCCAGACUUUGACUGUCUCGCACCUCCAUACCAAUGCCAAACGGCAGAGUAACAUGCGUACCAGUAGCUCGAUCUCAAGCACAAAUGAAACCAGUAUAUACGUUGAUAAGAAAACUGAGAGCUGGGACUCCAAUUCGUCCCUUCUGAGCAGUCGAGAUUCACAAAUCAAUCUCGGAAGCAUCAUAGGGCGGCCUACGGUACCUUUUUCAGGUCAUCUUUCUACAGACUCCUUCCUUUUACCUCUGCCUCAAGGAUCAGGAGAUUUCCAACCAAGUCCACCGAAGCCGAACCCCUUUUGGGCGAAUAGAAGAUUACAAUCUCAUGAUUUGGCCGAUGCUCAAAUUUCCCAUGGACCAGCUACCUCGUCGACGAACUCGCGUUACGUCAAGACUCUCCGAUCAAGCUUUGUCCCUAUUGUCCCUCACAAUUACGCAACCAACGAGCCGAGCGAAUCUGACUCUCAGGAGAAGAGGGAGAGGAGACGAGUUGAGCGCAACGCAGCCACGCCUGCGGCUCCACAACCAACAGCCAAUUUUGCUCAUUUCUCGGAAUCACAUCGUCGAGUUGCUUCUCCUGUGGCGAGAGAUCUGACAGCUCGUCGAGCAAAACGUGCAUCGAAGGCAUCAGUAACGGAAAAGUACCAUAGGGAUGAGAGGCAGAGGUUUUGGUCUUCGGAGAAGGCGUAACGAGGAGAUCAUGGCGCAGUAUUGACGCUGUGGGUACAAACGGGAUAGGAUGGAGGUACUGGAUGGAUACCGAGGAUGGGAAGCCGGAGUAUUAGAGGCCAGCUAGGCUAGAAUUGGACAGUAAAAUGCGAUUUAUCUUCUUCGACUGAUAAUGAGCUAUUCAGGCCGGAAUAAUGUGGCCAUUGUAGAUGUGACAGUAACGUCACUUAAAUCUAGAUGAAUAUCGGCGAGAUCAGUGCAGCCAAAGUACAAUAGUGUACUACUAGGUAGUGGGCCGGGAACUAGUUAAUGGCAGUACUGCUUGUUGCUCGUCAUUGAUACAGGCUUAGAUAUUCUAAGAUACAGU